ACUCCUCCUCCUCAACUCCCAAAACCUUUCACCAAAGCCAAAACCCUUCUCAGAUAUCGAUCAGAUGGCCAAGACAGGGAAGCUGACCAAGCUCAAGUCGGCCAUAAAGAGAUGGCCCUCCUUCACCAAACUGGCUCGCACCACAAGCUCCAUAGCCGCCGCAAACGAAGACUCGUCGUCCGACCAGUACGACAACGACAGGGCAGCAGUGAUCUCCAAGCAGCUUCACGCCGUCUACGUGGGGAAGUCGCGGCGGCGGUACAUGGUGAGCUCCGACGUGGUGGAGCACCCCAUAAUUCAAGAGCUGGUGGACAAGUCGUGUGAGGAAGAAGAAGGGGUAGUGGUGGUUUCUUGCGAGGUCGUGCUGUUUGAGCACUUGCUGUGGAUGCUUGAGAACGCAGAGACGCAGUUGGGUUCCAUGGAUGAGCUUGUUGAGUUCUACACUUGCUGACAAGAUUUGAAGGGAACGACGCUGAGGUAGCUAAUUGUAAAAAA